ACUUGAAUUUCCACUACCCCUCACUUCAACAGCUUUUAUUUAUUGUAUUGCCUGAUUGUAGUUUAUAAGCCACACUGCUGUCUACUUACCAAGAAAAACUUUACUGCUAUAUCCUCUCCACUGCAUAUAUAGCCACUAACCCUCGCAAAUUCCUAGAUCUCCACGUACCCCCAUCCAUUUCUUAUAUAUAACGCCAACAAAAGCUUUACUCUAUAUCUCUCUCAGUAGUACUCUCUCUUCUCGCCUCUAUAUGGAGCUCUUGUCUUUCCAAUCCUUCCUCUUCUUCUUCCUUCUUGUUUCUUCGCUCUCUGUCUACCUCCGCUUUAACACUACUUCCCCAAAGAAACCCAUCAACAAAGGCUUUAAAAUCUACCCUCUACUCGGAACACUACCCGAGUUCGUGCUGAACCGACACCGUUUCCUUGACUGGACAACCGAAAUUCUCAGCAACUGCACCACAAACACCGCCGUCUUUCGGCGUCCCGGCAAGGUCCAAGGCAUCAUCACCGCCAACCCGUCCAACGUUGAGCGCAUGCUCAAGACCAACUUCGAGAACUACCCCAAAGGCGACCGCUUCAUAACACUUCUCGAAGACUUUCUCGGCCGAGGAAUCUUCAACUCCGAUGGGGAACUCUGGAAGGUCCAAAGAAAAACCGCCAGCCAUGAGUUCAACACCAAAUCGCUCCGAAACUUUGUCAUGCAAAACGUCACCGUUGAGGUCAACACGAGGCUGGUUCCGAUUUUGGCAAAAGCCUCAGAAACGGCGCGCGUGUUGGAUUUGCAAGACAUCCUGGAGCGCUUCGCGUUUGACAACGUUUGCAAAUUGGCAUUCAACGUCGACCCGGGUUGUCUUGGCGGUGACGGUAUCGCAGGGGCCAAGUUCAUGCGGGCUUUCGAGAACGCUGCCACACUUAGCUCCGAGAGAUUCAUGUACGCCGUCCCAAUAUUUGUAAAGGUUAAACGGUUUUUGAACGUUGGAUCAGAGCGAAGGCUAAAAGAAGCAAUCGGGACCGUCCACGAAUUCGCGGAUGAGAUUAUACGGUCCAGAAGGGAACAAAAGACACAAAAAGAAAAAGAAGAAGACUUGCUCUCCCGGUUUAUGGCAAACGAAGAAAGCUCACCGGAAUUUCUCCGAGAUAUCGUGAUAAGCUUCAUUCUCGCGGGACGGGACACGACCUCUUCGGCUAUGAGCUGGUUCUUUUGGCUCUUAUCGUCGAAACCGGACGUGAAGCAAAACAUAUUGAAGGAGCUGGAAAACAUCCGAGUCCGUCGUAAUAGGAAAAAUAUCAGCGAUGCGUUCACUUUUGACGAGCUCCGAGACAUGCAUUAUCUGCACGCGGCGAUAUCAGAAGCGCUAAGGUUGUACCCGCCGGUACCGGUGGAUAGCAAAGCGUGCCUGAAGGACGAUAUAAUGCCGGACGGAACAUUUGUCGCGAAGGGUUGGCUGGUGACGUACCACACGUAUGCCAUGGGGAGGAUGGAGAACAUCUGGGGGAAGAAUUGCCGUGAGUUUUUGCCGGAAAGAUGGCUGGAAAAUGGAGUGUGUCGGCAAGAGAGCCCGUUUCGGUUUCCAGUUUUCCAUGCCGGGCCGAGAAUUUGUCUGGGGAAAGACAUGGCGUAUAUUCAGAUGAAGUCGAUUGCAGCGUCAGUGAUGGAGAGGUUUGAGAUUGACGUGGAGAAAAAGGAUAAGGGCCCAAAGCACUUGUUGUCUUUGACUCUGAGGAUGAAGGGUGGGUUACCCGUGAAGGUGACAAAAAGAUGUGUGGAUGCCACUAAUUAAUCUACAAGGAUUUUUUUUUUUUUUUUAGAUAAAACAAAAUAAUAUAGAAGUUAGUACCCACACAUACUCUGGAUGCAGAAUCAAAUAUAUAUAUAUAUAUAUAUAUAUAUAUAAACUAUUUUUCUAUUCGGAAUGAUAUAUAAUAUAAUAAAAGAUCAAUCUUAUCUGCUGUAAUAUACUCGUUUUUUUUUUUUUUUUUUGGCAGAUAUUUGCUGUAAUAUACUUUUGCUUUUAAUGAAGAAGUAAUGUUUGGUUGGAGGAGA